AUGGAUAAGGCUCUAAAUCAAUGCAAAGGCUAUGGUUUCGUCGACUUCGAAAGCCGUGAAGCCGCUUCACGAGCCGUGGAAAUGCUCACCAAGAAUGGAAUUCAAGCGCAAAUGGCGAAGCAGCAAGAACAAGAUCCAACGAACCUCUAUAUUGCGAAUCUACCGUCAAAUUUUAACGAACAAAUGCUUGAAAAUGCGCUUAGUCCUUAUGGAAUGGUGAUAUCGACGAGGAUUCUUCGAAAUGCUGACGGCAAUUCUCGUGGUGAAAAGUGCGAGGAGAUCAUUGCCGCUUUGAAUGGCAAGUUAAUUGAGGGUAUGGAUCCGAAUGCCACUCCACUACUAGUGAAACAAGCGGAUACUGGCAGGAAGAACACUCGUAAAAGAAGUGAUAUGGGAUUCGAAUUGGGAAUUUAUCCGAGUCAGCCUUUCACAAUGACUGCUCCACACGACUAUAUGAGAAACAUGGGUGGAAUGCCACAAAUGUAUCCAACACCAUACGUAAACUAUAGCAUGGGCUAUCCACAACAGGUCACGGGAUACACACCGUAUGACGUGAAUGCUAUGACUAGCCAAAUGGGUGGAAUGCAAAUAGGAGGAGGUGGCCCACCAUCAGCUCAAGAUAAUGGUGGAUUGUAUAUGCUACCACAACAAGGUUACUACGUGAAUAGGAAGGAGUACACCCAGCAAUAA